AUGGGCCAAUACGACAGAAAAGCCCAAUCACAACGAAAACACGGUCCCAUCCUGAGCAGCAGCACCUCCAAAGCACCCACCCGCCUUCCUCCAUCCACAAAGCCCGAAUGGCGAGGAAGUGGCUACACCAAAAAAGCAAAGCCAAAACCCCAUUUGGAUGUUGCGAAACCCGUUCCUAUAUCUCAGGAGCAGUUACUGCCGCUGGAGUUGCAACAAUUGGUGUUGAAUGUGUUUAAAGAUGUGUUUGGGCAAUUGAUGGAUUUUGAAGAACUGAAGGGAGUGUUGGGGGAGGUUGUCAAGGAGGUGGGGGAGGGACGGUGGGAAGAGGCGUUUGGCGAGGAGAGGAAGAGGGAAGUUUAUGCUGUUAGGUGGGGGCCGAGUAGGGCGUUGGCGUAUGCGAAUGUGUUGGCUGCGGUUUGUGAGCAAAGGUCUGAGGAUGACUGGGUGCAACGGAUUACUGGUCUCUCACAGUCAAGCAAGGCAAAAACGAUAUGCUUUGGAGGAGGUGCUGCAGAGGUAAUGGCAUUCGCUGGACUGCUUCGACAUUUGCGACCAGAUGCUUCUGGAAAGCAGCAACAAGAACUUGAUGCCUCGACCACGGAUGAUACAUCAAACACAACUUCAUUACUGGAUAUCACACUCAUUGACUUUGCGGAUUGGUCUCCCGUGCUCGACAAACUGGUCAAAGGCAUUACAACUCCACCACCGCUAUCAAAGUACGCAUCCGCCUCUGCCAGAGCCGCAAACAGAGCUCUGCUCGCACCUCAAAUACUAAACGUCAACUUCCAACACCACGACAUCUUCAACCUGAAGACUACCCAACUCAAAGAACUCCUUGGUACGACGGAAGAACCAGUGCUGGCCACCUUCUUCUUGACCUUGGGUCACCUUUAUGACACCUCUAUCCCCAAGACGACCGCAUUCUUGUACAAACUCGAUGCAGUCUUACCUAAUGGCAGCACAAUCCUUGUCAUUGACAGCAUUGGCGCCUCAGUCUCAGUACCUAUACCCGAUUCUGAAGAAGCAACGGAAUACAGUGUAUCCUGGCUACUCUCACGCGUGCUGCUCGGGAAACCAGCAGACCCAGUACCCAUACAAGGAAAAGGCAAAAAAGCCAUCGAAGAGGACGAAGCCAACAAACCAAUACCAAGAUGGGAAAAGAUCAUCCACGAAGAGAUGAAGAUCAAUCGUUUGGAUGAGAAAUUGAGGUAUCCGGGCAGUUUGGAAAACGUCAGAUUCCAGAUAUUGGCUUUUAGAAGAGUGUAG